AUGGCGGACAAGCAGAACUUAGAUUUCGAAGAAAUUCACUUCUUUCCAAUUCCCUCGCAAACGAAUAUCUAUGGUCUAGCAAAAAUCGACGGAAAGGAAGAAGAAAGAAAGCUAUUUCUGGCUUCCCUCAGUGGCAGUGUGGUUUGCUUGGAAUACCCGCAGAAUUCACUUGUGCCGACCUUCAGAGAGGUCCCCUUCACCUACAUCCCAGAUUCAGCAGAAAUCGUAUCUAUUGAUGCGUUUAACAGACCUGAAACAAGAAAAGGACUAGUAGUGGGGAUAUCGUUAAUUUUGUUAAAGAAUUCUAGAAGUCACCAAAAACAGUUCCUCAACAUCUAUUCAGCUUUGGAAAGUAGGUCAGAGUUCUCACUGGGUAGUCUUGCAGAGGGCUGUCAACAUCUUGAAUUGAACUUUGUCCCUUUCCAGCUGACACAUGCUGAUGUUUUUGUGAAGGAAAGAAAGCAAAUUGUGUUUUUGCUUUGUGGAAGUGAUGGAAAGGUGCACAUGUUUUGUGAGGAAAGGACUCAGCAGAGGUUUGAGGAGCAACCAGUUCAAAACUUUUUUCCUGAGCUGCAAAAUUUGCCAAGCAAUGUUCUUUGGUUGGAGGUGGAAACUUUGGACAAUUCUAAACGUGUAACAGUUGUUGGCUGUCAAAACGGGCAUGUUAAAGUAGCAGUGACUGACCUUACGAGGGGAAGUAUUGACCAGGUGUACACUUUGGAUCGUGAUGGACCCAUUUCAAGUGUGAAAUUGUUUACGCAAGACUCGAGCAAAAUUAUCGACGCUACUGAUGGUAAAAAGAUUGAAAGCGGUCAAACAAUUGAAAGAAGGGAAUACCAUCUUUUGGUUUGCUGUGCGAUUGAAGCAACUGUCGUUUACACAAAUAUAAUUAGCCAAGGUUUCACAAACAUGGUGACUCUACCAGAGUCGGAUGAAUUCGACUGUGUGACGUGCACAUGUAUCGCUGAUGUCAACUGGGACGGGAAGAACGAGAUAAUCCUGGGAACAUAUGGACAGGAACUCCUCAUCUUUAAGGGUGUCCGUUUGGACAAUACGGGGAACAGUUCAAACAGCAUUGAUUUUCAGCUGAUGUGGAAGAGAAGUUUUGCGAGCCCUCUGUUUGCCAUUGAAUAUCUAGAUCUAACUAAUGACGGACUGAAGGAACUCGUAGUGGCGUCGCUUUCAGGGUUACAUGUACUUCAGCAUAACCUAGACAACGUAGCCUUGCACAAUGCGGAACAGAAUUCUAUAGAUCCUACGGACGCAGAAGUAGUGACCUGACCCGCAUGUAUGUCAUAAUGUGCGCCUAUUUACAGGCUGUGUUUAGAUGUUUUCAUCAGCCUAGCAUUUCAUGCGCGCCAUCGAAAGACAGCGUAGGAAAGAGUUGUAAUAACUCGCCUAUUAUCAGCUAAAGCAAGAUGGAAUUUUCUCGGUGCCAUCAAGAGGUCGGAAAUGUGCUCUAUUUGAGUAUUCAACGGCGUUAGUUUUACCGAAAUGUAUGCAGAUCCUCCCCGUGAGUCUUGGUUUGUUUCCUAAGGGCCGGUUUAAGCAAUUGCUCAAACUUUUAGAGCUUAAAGUCUAUGGUGGUGGUACGGAAGAGACCGAAGCAGGUAAAAAGAAGAAUAACAAUGUAAAACAAGGGACAUCACAACAACACUGUCAACAAAUGAAUGAUGAAAGAUGAAAAUUUUAUUCAUACACUAAAUUUACCGGGCUGACCAGAGAAAAACAAUUAUGAGCUAAGAACGAUUUAGUGGUUCGAACAGAAUUGAAGCUGUUAGAGUGGAACUUUUGUCGUCUUUGGUAAAAUAACUUGUGACGUUAUGAGAUAAAGGCUGAUAGUUUCUAAAGAAACUGUUUGGGGCUGCGUCGGUGGGGGUAACGYAAUAAUU